CAAUUUUGAAAGCAACGAAAAAAAGAGACGCGUACAUAUUGUAAAAGAAUUUUAGUAGGAAAUCAUGGAAACAACUGCAGCAGCUGAAAUUGAUGGCGUUCUGCAGCACCAGGAGUCGGCUUCGCAUACGCCUGUGGCCAAAAAAACGCGACGCGCCCUUCUACAAAAGCAAAACGACAGCAUAUCAAAUAGGGAAACUGUACUCGAGGAUGAUGUGCUUAUGGCACUACCGAAAACCCCCAAUGCGUCCGUUCGCAUAGUCAGCGAUACCCCGCGUCGCAGUGCCCGCAAGAGCGUGCGUCCUACCUUGGACUACACGGAAAUUAUUGAAAAGAAUCUGUUGGCCUCUGCUAGCAAGGAGAAACGGGACACAACCAUUGUUGAUAAAGAGGAUGAAGACGAAGAGAAUACGCUAAAAUGGUCUAUAGCCCUGGUGGGUCGGACUUCAACAAAGCGCAAUCGCAAAGUCAAAAAGCCAAAGCAGCAAAAGCGAAACGAAGAGCCAACAGAGAUGAAAGAAGAGGUGAAAGAGUUGGAGAAGCAGGAGGAAAGUAAACUGGAAGAAGAGAAGAAACAACAGGAAGAAGAUUCAAAUGAGUUGGAAAUCGCAGAAGCAAUCACAGUGGCGUCACCGCUCAAUGGCAAUGAUCAAAAUACAACACAGGAAUUUACAGAGGAAAUAAACGAGAAAUCUUUUGAGGCAACUCCAGUUGAGAUUAAGCUGACAUUGUGCCCAGAAAUAAUAGAAGAUGGUGUUAGACCAGAUAUAGUUAAAGAGGAUGAAAUGGAUGAGCUGGGCUUGUGCCCACUUGACGCUGAUGAUCAAAAUGAAGACGAAAUGCCAUCCCUCAUUUUGAUGGACGAUGACGAGCCAGGGAACGAAUUGAACGUUACCUUCGAUGCCAGUGACAAUUCAAAUUCUGAUGAAGUAAUGCCCGCUUUAUGCGUUAUGGAAGAACAGCAAAUUGGUGAAGAUCCCAUGCAGUCGGACUAUGACAGGAAGUGUGAAUCUACUAAGCCCAAGGCCUAUCGGUUUCCCACACCCUUCAAACGCAAAAUCAACACGGAAUUCAGAGACAGCGCCAGUUCAUCUACUAACUUCUUGCAAGAGCCAUUUUCUUCACGGCUGAGUCGUUCGAUAUCAAUACCACGCUCGAACGAGACCAAGGGCAAGGGUGUCACCUUCUACAGUCCCGUAGAAAUGGCCAAUGUCAAUGAUAUUGAUAAACGCUGGGAGAAUCUGAACAAUAGUAAUAUCACAAAGCGUCGCAAGCGUUCCAAAUCACUGGAGGUAAAUCCCCUACCGAGCCGAAUUCCCAAGAUAAAUCAAUAUCACCCUCCCAACAAAUCCACAAUUACGCCCAACAAAUCGAAGCUGCGCUCUAAAUUGCCAAAUUUUGCGGCAAUUCAUCAAAAGCAAUUCGAGAAGAUGGAGAAUCUGGUGGAGCACUUGGAGCGCAAGGCCGUGCGUGCCAAAGUCUUAACAAGCUCUGCGGUUAAACUACAACAGCAAGAAAAAAAUGUUUCGUCAGCCAAGAAGCAGAUACCAGUUGCGGAGAGAGUGCGUUCGCGUGCGGUAAAGAAAAUCGAAGUGCCCACCUAUACGCUGACCCCAAUGAAGCCGGAGGAGCUGGAGCGGAUGAAACUGCUGCCGACGCCACGCAAGAUUGUGGGUGUGGCACAGCCGAAAGCAAAUGUGCCGGCUCGACCUGCUUUGUCAAGCAACAAGAAGCCGGCAUUCAAUUUGUCCACCUCAGUGACGUCCAAGCUGUUUAUUCCAGCUGCAAGUGGAGCGCGCAGUCAAAACAGAGCCAGGGAGAUGCCUAGCAACAGGGAUGAGCCCAUGCAAAAGAAAUUGGAGGCACGUCGCAAGCGACACAUGGAAAUGUUUAAGGGUCGAAACGGACUAGAAAAGAGAAGCGAAAUUGUUCGCGGAGUUCGUUCAAAUCGGCGUUUUGAGCUGCAAAUGCAACAUCGUCGGCAGCUGGAUGAGAACACUCGCUGAUUACGUGUUCCGAUUA